AUGGAAACUAAUAUUCCAGAAACUGGACGCAUUCUCCCUACAUUUGCUGAAGUCUGUUUAUUUGUCACUAUAAUGAAAACUGACAUUUCAGAAACUGAACGCGUUUUUCCUGCAUUUGCUGAAGUUUGUUUACCUGUCACUAUAAUGGAAACUGACAUUUCAGAAACUGAAUGCAUUUUUCCUGCAUUUGCUAAAGCCCACUUACCUGUCACUAUAAUGGAAACUGAUAUUCCAGAAACUGAACACGUUUUCCCUACGUUUGCUGAAGUCCACGUGGUUAUCAAAAGAUAUGUUGCAAAAACUAAUGCUGUUUUAAUUUUAGGAAAGACAUUCAAAAAUCCUGACGGUAGUGACUAUAGGCAGGUAUUCUUUGUCUGUGAAAAACAAGGGAAGUAUGGUGAAAAGAAUGAGAAACAUACCACCAAGCGAACUGGGUGUCCUUUUUUUGUAGGAGUAAAUUAUCGCAAAAGAGCCCAAGAAUUCGUAAUAACAAAGUCAUGUUUAGAGCAUAAUUAUGAUCUUUGUCUGGAUGUCACGAAAUUCAGCACUAUUAUGUGCAAAUUUGAUCAAAAUGAUCUUGUCCU